CGAUCUUCCCUGAGUGUGUAUGUGUGUGUGAGCCGCUGAUAACGCAGCUGAUCGGGCGAUUCCAUUUGGUAUUGGUUCUAACUUUUCGAUCUAAGGAAUCCGGGAGCAUAGCAUGGCCAGUAAUUCCAACAAAUCCCAGCAGUCCAACAACCAGGUUACCAGGAUCACCAGCGACAUGGUAAACCAGCUGCAGGCGUCAUCUAAGGAGGUGGAAACCAAGGUGGAAGCGAUCCCCAGUGACCCCAAGUGGCGUUCUCCCCAGCUGAUGAUCGUUUUUGAAGACGGAGAUCUGCAUUCAGCACGCCAGCAGUUACUUCAAUCCCUGCAGAAUCCGUUUGCCGCGGGAUCUGUGGCCACUUUGUUGCUUCAGGAAAGCGUUGCCGAUCAGUUUGUUGGUCUGGUGGCUCAGGAUCUUCGUACGCUGCCCCAGGAAGUGUCCAAGAAUCCAAGUUACAUCAACACGCUGGCCAAGAUCGAUCAGCUGAAGGCUAAGGUGGUCAGAGGAGAAAACCUAAAGGCUGGAGAAUCCCCCCUUUUGGUCUACGAUUGCGUGCACAGCUACCUGGGAACCGGAGCCACAGGAGUAGUGACGCUUCAUACUUUCCGCACUGCCAAGGAAGCCGGAGAUUUGGUCAAAAGGGAUCCCUUGCCUUAUGGCCAGGUUAGCCUAUGGAAUGAGAAACUGUCCUGCGCUUACGAGCUGAUAGCACGACUGCCAUCUGAUGUUGUUGCUAUCAAUUGCUUCAACCCGGAUUUAAGUCCAAUUAAGGAUUCCUUUAGUGCUAAUCGCAAUGAUGUCCUCCUGGAAAAGAACUACCACUACGAAUCCCUUGUGGUCAGCGGCAAACGGAGAAUCAUCGUGUUCCCAGUGGGCACCAUAUUCGCCAAUUAAUAAUGGAGAUCGUCUGGAAUUCGGUUAUCAGGAACGGAACAUAACCAGGUGCUCUUUCAGCAAUACUUUAAAAUACCUCCCAUAAGCAUUUUAUAUGUAGCUAAAGGCUUUUCACACAGUUCAAUUGGAAUUAUAUGCAUGGUAGCAUGGUGGAAACUUUAAAAAUGUCAAACAGUUAUGUUUCCUUAUUACAAGUGUCUUUGUUAUUUUAAAUAUAUUAUGAUAGAACCAUAUGGUAUCUUAAAUAUAAUUCCAAUUGAACUUUAGAGAAGUCUUAAGCCAGAACUGUUUUUAUACUCUCCCAAUAAUUGUCCACUAAAAUCCCUAAA